AGUCCAUGGCAGGGAGAAGAAAAUCCAAGCGAAUGGACCACCGGAAUGUGAAUGACCUGGCAGAAGAAUAGUCUUCUUGGGGGCCCACAUGCCUUCCUAAUCUGGCUCUGCAUCAGCAUGGCCCACGAGAGGGCAGUUUUAAGUGAUAGAAAUCUCUCGUUUAGUUAGGUUUGAGUUUGGAAGCUAAUUAAGAUUAAUAAUACACUGGUUAGGCAUGGUCAAAUAGGUCUUAAGCCAUAGAUAGAGACAGAAACCAACUUGAAGUUGAUUAUGAUGACUUUCAAGUGCCCAUAUUAGUUAGAUCAUUUCAUUAAUUAUGAUCUGUCAUUCUUCUCGUUGGGUGGAAAUCUAGUGCCGGCAAUAAAUGUGUAACUGCUUCUCGCUUGCAGUUCCAAGUGGUAGUUAAUAAGUUCAAAAUUGAAUUGCCACAGCAGGGAAAGAACUCUCUCAAAGCCAUGGCCAUGGAAGUUACCAGUGAGUUUGAGACCAUAGACUUGGCUUCUUCUCAUCAAGACAGCACCAGUAACCAAAGCCCUCAAGUAAAUUGCCCUCCCCCAAACGACUGCACCAGAAAAGAAGCGAGUAAAUUCAUCAAAUGGUUGAAGGCCUCAGUCCCAUUUCCUCCUUGUUGCAGUCUCCUCUUCCAGUUGGGAUCCUACAGUUGUGCGACCAGACUGUAUCAAGUCUGGCCAGGGAAAAAUGUAUUCUUCUUCCGGGGACACAUGAUCUGCGGCCCCGACCCGCGAGGCCUCAUCUUAACCGUCGUCGCGAUCGCCCUCUCCGACUAUGUCUUUUGUGCAUACACAAAUGGCACAGCACAUUGUGGAUCAAUCAGAGCGGCUAUCUCCUUGGCGCUCACCGCAAUUGCUAUGGCCAAUCUGAUCUUGGCCAGCACCAAAGACCCCGGAAUUGUGGCGAGGAACGAAGCCUCUUCACUGGAAGAACUCGGCAUCAGUGUUGGGACAAGGAGCAGGAUGGUCAGCAUCGGUGGCACCAUGGUGAAGAUCAAAUAUUGUAGGAUCUGCAAGAUUUAUCGGCCCCCGAGAAGCUGCCACUGUGCUGUAUGUGACAAUUGUGUCGAAAAGUUCGAUCACCAUUGCCCAUGGAUCAACCAAUGCAUUGGACUGAGGAAUUACAGGUAUUACCUGGUGUCUGUAUCAUCAGCUUUGGUGCUCUUCGUCUACAUAUUCGCCUUCGCAUGGUGGGAGAUUAGAAAAAAAUGGCUCAACGCUCGCAUGGGCUUGCUUCAGUUACUUGGGGACGCACCUCAAACUUUUCUGUUGGCUCUUUUUAGCUUCAUGGUGAUCUGCUUCCUCGGAGGAAUCACCAUCUUCCAUUCUUAUCUUAUUGCCUCAAAUCAGACUGCUCGUGAGAAUUUUAAGCAGAGGUAUUCCCAUGCUGCCAAUCCUUACGACAAGGGAGUUCUGAGGAACAUAAAGGAAGCACUGUUCGCAAGGUUGCCACCUUCUAAGUUGAAUUUUAGAGCAGUGGUGGAAGCUGAUUGGUGUUCGAUCGCAAGAUUGCUCGAUGGAACUUGUGCAAGCAGAGCACUGGGAGAGGAAACAAAUUAUUAGAUAAUCAAGAAGCUUAUGCGUUUUCUAUUAUUGUUUUUUUUUAGAUUACGGAGGGAAUAGAUUUGAAAAUUG